UGACGACUUUAUCAAGCGGCGCAUAUAACUGCAUGCCUUGUCUUCCACCAGUAUAUACAGUAUAAGCAGCAUGAAAUUGACCGGUAGAACAGUCAUGAAAUCGAGCCGUAGCUACGUGACGAUUGGACUUUGAGCGGUCAAAGAUUGGAUCGAGAUGGUGGACAAGAGAAGACCUCCUUCUUCUCGUGCGAGAUAUAUUAGGUCACAGAUAUAUUGUGGUCGUCCUGCUAUGAGGAUCGUUUCGUGAUCGUAACGUGUUCAAUCAUCGAUCGAAAUAGGAAAAAGGUGAGGAAAGAUGUCGGAAAAUAUGCCGUUUGACUUGGAUUUGAAACUCCCGGGACCGGAAGCAUUGGCUGUCGCCAAGAAAGAGCUCAGAGAGACGGAGGAGAACGUGAAAGAAGGCCUCGCCAAGUUGAAGACCUAUCUCGAGGAGGACAAGACACUCUACUUUAGAACGGACGAAGAGUUUCUUCUAAUCUUUCUGCGACCAUGCAAGUUCUACGCGAAGAGCGCGUACGAGUUGAUGAGGAGGAUCGCAGAAUUCAAGGAGAAGAACUCUUCUCUUUUGAACAAUCUGAUGCCAAACGACGAGGAAGUGUCGAUCACCAAGCACAACGUGGUAAACGUGAUCAAAGAGAGAGAUCACAAAGGGAGAAGGAUUCUCAUAGUUAACUGCGGAAAAACUUGGAAUCCGUCCGCUGUCAACAGCGACCAGAUGUUUCGAUUGUUUUAUUUGAUUCACCAGCUUGCCAUGCUUGAACCAGAAACUCAGAUAUACGGAAGCGUCGUGAUAAUGGACUUCGAAGGGAUGACCAUGAAGCAAGUGAUGGGGAUCACGCCGUCUUUUUGCAUGAGGCUUCUGAAUUUUAUCCAAGAUGCCAUCCCCCUGCGUUUGAAGGAGAUACACAUAGUGAAACAACCGCUCUUGUUCAACAUGGUGUGGCAAAUGAUCAAGCCCCUCGUCAGGGAAAAAUUGAAGAACAGGUUGUACUUCCACGGUAGCAAGAUGUCUUCGUUUCACAAUUACAUUCCAGCCACGUAUUUGCCGGAGAAUUAUGGCGGUGAAUUGCCGAAAAUCAAUUACACUAGCGCCGAUUGGUAUCCGGUUUUGUUAAAGUACGAAGAUAAAAUUAAACAGUGGAACACGUAUGGAUUUCAACAACAAUGAA